ACCCGGAAGACUUGUACAAGCUCGGCUUGUGCUUGUUUGUGGAGUCAGUGCUUCUGGGCCGCGAGGCCAACGCGCUGAUCACGCCUCACAUCAUUAGAUAUGUGGAAGACCUCGAGUUCUUCUUCCGGAUUCCUUGGGGGAAGCACUCAUUCGCCAGACUCAUGCACUCGCUUCAGAAAGACAUGUUGAAACAGAAGGCCAACUACGAGAAGAAGCUGAGUUCGGAUGUUCAGCACGAGUGCAAAUACACAGCAUAUGGCUUCGCACCUGCAGUCCAAUAUUGGGCGUACGAGGCCAUUUUGGAGGUUGGCAAGAGGUAUGGCACGAACCACGGGAUUCGGUUCCCCAGGAUGCUUAGCUGGACGAGCAAAGGCGAUAUUGGGAAGAAAGACGUCAGCGCAUUAUUUUCUAGACGGAAUCUGGAAGUGGUGAAGGGGCUACUUCCACGGACAGAGGAGGAGGCAUUUGUGAGGACAAUAUCUUACGAUGGUGUGGAGAACCUGGUUGAUGAUGUUGUGGAUGACACAGAGGCUGAGGCAGGUAGUCAGGUACCAGAGACUCAGGUCCCAGACACUCAGGAAAGAGACACUCAGGUACCAAUUUCUGGAACUUUUUUUUAUGUCUUUAUUUUUUUUGAUUUUUUUUAUAUAGUGGAGGGUAUAUCGUAUGCUUACCGUAUUUUUUUGAUAUAUAUUUUUUCAGGCCACUGCUUCAGAACCUCAGCCCAGUGCACCAUCUGCAUCAGGCGUUCGGGGUGCCGAGUACACUGAUUUAGUGGCUCGGUUGGAUAGGAUCGAGGGUGACACUCAGGG